AUGGGCAACGUAGGCCGCCCCAAGGGUGGCUUCUCCAUGCUGCGCCCAUCUCUAAUUCCUCAUCUCCCCUCACUAUGCCACCUGUCCCCUCACUCUGCCCCACCUGCCCCCUCACUCUGCCCCACCUGCCCCCUCUCUCUGCCCCACCUUCCUCCUCCGUACUCGCUCUUCCCCACCUUCCCCCUCCCUACUCGCUCUGCCCCAAAUCCCAUGGCGGCGGUGGUGUGGGAGGUGCUGAGGCUUGCAAUGGGAAAGGUAGAGCAGGCGACACAAGGAGAAGCUGGAGCAGGGGGCGCAGGUGGGGAAAGCUGCAAGGCCGGUGCAGCAGGGGCAGAGGUGAAGGGGGGGAGGAGUGGCAAGCAGUAA